UUGGAAAAUUCAUUAUCCAACCCAAUCCAAUCCAGAUGCAGCGUGCAGCUACUCAACCCCCCACCCCACCUCUCUUCCAUUCUCUUUCUGCGACUCGUUGCCAAAAGCAUGUCAAUAUUCAGCGCUGCAACGCUAGGAUCAGUCCCCUCCGGCUUUUACUUUCUCUCCAACAUCUUCACCAGCGACGCCUCUUGUACUCUUUCUCCUCCCUUUCCUUCUCUCGUAAACCAUUCCAAAUUCUAUAAACAUUGCCACAAGUCUCCUUCCGGCAGAAGCUCCUUCCACGCGGCCAAAAUCUUCGUCUCCGCCAAUGCGAAUACCCAAGUUCUCGACGGCGAGUCCGCCUCACCCGAUUCCGUUCGACAAGCUCGGGUAUCUGCUGAUUGGAAAGCAGCAAGGUCUUACCAUGAGAGUGGGUUCAUCUACGAGGGCCGGAUUGAAGGUCAUAAUGGCGGAGGUUUGCUGGUCCGUUUUUUUUCUCUUGUUGGGUUUCUGCCAUUCUCACAAUUGAGUCCAUCUCACUCUUGUAAAGAACCACAGAAAAGUAUCCAUGAGAUUGCCAAAGGUUUAAAUGGAUCAGUCAUUUCCACAAAGGUAAUCCAAGCAGAUGAGGAGAACAAGAAGUUGAUAGUCUCUGAAAAGGAAGCUGCCUGGUCAAAGUAUUCUGAACAAGUUGAAGUAGGGGAUAUUUUUGAAGCAAGAGUGGGUUCUGUUGAGCACUAUGGUGCUUUUAUCCAUUUACGCUUCCCUGAUGGUUUUUAUCAUCUCACAGGACUGGUGCAUGUCUCGGAGGUUUCAUGGGAUUUGGUUCAGGAUGUAAGAGACAUCCUAACCGAAGGCGAUGAAGUAAGGGUAAAAGUUACAAGUGUUGAUAGGGAAAAGUCGAGGAUUACCCUGUCAAUCAAACAGUUGGAGGAGGAUCCACUUCUAGAAACUUUGGACAAGGUUAUACCUCAGGAUGCUUCUGCUGCUCCUGAUUUGUUGAGCAAUAGCAAUAUCAGUAAUAUUGAACCUCUUCCAGGGCUUGGAACAAUAUUUGAAGAGCUAUUACGGGAAGACGGUAUAAAUGAUGUAAGAAUCAGUAGGCAGGGAUUUGAGAAACGGGUGGUUUCACAAGACCUACAGCUCUGGCUUUCAAAUGCACCACCUACCAACCAGAAGUUCACUCUGCUUGCUCGUGCUGGAAGGCAGGUGCAAGAAAUACAUCUGACAACAUCACUUGAUCAAGAAGGUAUAAAAAAGGCAUUGCAGCGAGCAUUAGAACGUGUGCCAUGAUCUUAAUCCAUGCUCCCAUUCUAAGAAUAACCAAUGAUUGUGGCUCCUGUACAUAAAGUUACAGUCGAUUUAGAAUAUGGCCAUUGUAAGCUGUAUAUUUCAUAUCUACAUGAGGUCACUCACUUCCUUUACUUUUCAGCUAGAUUUUAUAAUUUGAUUCCGUGGUGCGAAUGCAAUAUUGAGAUAUUUCAAUUC